UGGGUUAAGUGCAAAACUCUCAAAUCAAGGAAUUUCUUUGCUAAAUGUUUCAGGAUGUUCAUCGUAUUUAAAAAAAAAAUAGAAUCCGAAAAACAAUACUUUAGUUAGUGCCUAAUGCAACCUUGGAAAUGGUGGCGGGUACUUCGUAAAAUUGUGACUUUAAAUUACAGGUAUUCUCGAAUGUAUGUAUGAACUUGCAGGGCCUGGGAGCAUAGUUUCAGUAGCGAUUGAACAGCACGAUUGAGGGCGAACGAGAGCGAGAGAUAAUAAGGAUGCCCGGGCGUCCAUUAGAUGCACUAGUUCCCAGUGGAGGGCAAGGGCAAGGGCAGUGUGCAGUGUACAGCGUGCAGCAUGGCCUCCUCACUCAUCCUCCUAGCCGAAUAUCCAUCUCUGUGCGCUGGGCCAGAGGAAACUGCCUUCGCAUUGCCUUCUUUAACAAGCUCCCUCCUUGUGAAGAAGAAGACGAAGCUUCAGAGAUGAUUUCCCAACAAGCUACAUCUGGGAAGGUAUUGGAACUCAGACUCGGUUCUGCUGAGGUUGACGAUGCGGAAAAGCGCAGACUUUCAUACGCGUCUGCUCCUGCAUUCGCAUUACUUCAGAGUCACAAGCAGCUCAUGAUGACAUCCAAAGACCUCAUCUCUCUUGACUGGUGGGAGCAUGUGAUGGAAUUCAGUCGUAGCAUAAGUACAAUUUUAGGGUCUACUAGAGAUGAUUCCUCACCAGUUGGGCAGAACAGUUCAAUGCUUAAACAGGAGUUACUAGAGCCAACUCUUUUGAAGGCUAUAUGGGACCUUCUGGAAAUAUUCUAUGUUGACAAGCACUCACUGUCUUGGCUUCCUGAAUGCCUGGUUGAUUGGUUAGCGAAUUAUGACAGGGUUCUUUCAACGACAGAAGUAACACUUCAUUCAAAGCUUGUAGCACUUCAAUUGAAGCUUUGCAAAUUGAAGAUUCCUGAAGAUGAUCUAGAUUACUGGGAUGGAGUUGCUUCUGCACUGGCUGUAGGCUGGCUGGACUUUGCGGUCACAUUUCUACGAAUGCAUGGAUCUUAUCAGUUAGAUCAGCUUGACAACCGUCAGACGGAAAAUGGAUUGGUGGAGGCAGUUGCUGUGCUUAUAUUAAAAAUGCCACGUAUGCGCCCAAGUUUGCCUGCUUCUGGAUUGGGCCAGUGCUUUAAUUUGAAGCCUGAUUUUGUGAAGGCUUGGGACAAGUGGCGAGGCCAAGUAGCAAUAUUGGAUUGUAGUGCAUUCUGGAAUGAAUGCGGUCACCAUGAGACAAUGCGUGGACUGAAAAGGUUGAUACGGAUAAUGUUGGGUGACAUUGAUACUCUUGCUUCUGUUACUUGUCACUGGAUGGAACUAUUGAUAUCUCACUUUCUCUACAUCAGACCAUUUGCAAUGGCACUGGAAGGCAUGCUUAGCUUAUCCAAAAAGUGUAUUCAGUUGAAAUCUCCAGCUGCUGAUAAGCAACUCACGGAACUUAUUCUUGGCAUAAUUGGAGAUGACAUUGAGGUGAUCCUUGCAGAAUGCUCCCAGAUUUUUGAUUCAUGGAUGCUAUCACACAUGAUAGAAUUGUUGACAGCCAAAAGCUUCCAAGCAGAAUUACUUCUGCACGAUGAGAAAUAUAGUUUGGGAGGAAUAAGCCUUCAGGAGCUUCAUAGGCUUGUUUAUGCACAAGUUUUGUCAUCUCAUUCUUUCACUUGGCAGAUUGCACCUAUUUAUCUAGCAUCUUGCCCAAGGCAGGGGCUGGGUUUCUUGGAGAUUUUACUAUUGAGGCAACCUGUUGCUGGAGACAAUCAACUAGCCUUAAAGGUCCUUGAGAUAUGCCGCCUGUAUGAGCUUGAUGCUGUUGGCAAAAGUAUCUUAAAGAUUGUUGGGAUGCACCACUGGAAGCAUGGCAGAAAAGGGGCAGGUAUUUUUUGGUUGCAGCAAGCUCGGGAUGAAAAUCGGCUUAAUGCGAUUGCUGAGCAUCUCUUAGGAUUUGUUGGAAAAUCUGUUUCAGAUGAUGCAUUUCAGCAAUGGGAGGGCUUGAUUGAUUUGCUGGGAUCAGAGAAUGAAGCUGCUGGAGGACUUGCAUUUCUUCAUAAAUAUAGGGACUUCAAGAAGGCUCUUCGGUUUGUGCAAGAUGCACGCUCAAAUGAAACAAACAAUCAAAAAGUUACUGGAGCUGCACGGAAGGCUGUCAGUUCUUUGAUGCAGUUGAUGAGAAACCCAUCUACACCCCAGCAAUUUUGGAUUUCUUUACUUCAUGAUUCUGUGGAGCUGCUAAAGUGGCCAGACCAUGCGUUAGUCAAUGUUGCUGAAACUAACCUUCUGCUGAGCAAGUUGCAAGAGUUCUCUCUUGCAAGAGUUCGAGGUGAUUUCGAGGCUUCUAAAAGUGAUGACUCUCCUCAAAUCCUUCAGCAAGUCAGGUUGGCCCUUGCUACAAAUCUUGGUCGUGCUAUACUGCUGGAGUGACGUGAGUUCAGAGCAGGAGAUCAUGUAGUGUUGACCAACAGUUCUGUUAACUGAGGGUGGAAAUUCAGAUUACAAGAUUUGAAUUUUGUUCAAAUUCUACAAAAUUAACAAGGAAUUUGGUAUAUUUUAAACUGAUCUACUUGGAGUUCUAUUACAGAGCUGAUUGUCGGAAUAUUACAUCCCAGCUUUAGAAAACUUUUUGGUGUGUCUAUUGGAAAGGAAACGGAGUUCAAAUCUGUGUAAUUAUUACUAGAAACAGAGAGUUAUCAUUGAGAAGAAUGUUUUGAUCACUCUCAUGCUUGGAACAAAAGGAUGAAACCAGUGUAUUCUAAUUAUUCAGAUUCCAGUUUUGAAUGAAAACAUUGAGAAAUUUACAUACUUAAAAUGUUA